GAAAAAGACAUCAUGAUUAGCUGUACUGGUUCUGAAGACAUAUAUUACACGUCUGGUGCAUAUGCAUCCAACUACGAUACGCUGGAGCACAUAGGCAGCGGUGCUUUUGGUUGUGUGAAGUUGUCAGCCCGUAGAAGUGACGGCCUUCUGGUUGUGACAAAGUUUAUUCGCAAGGAUCGCGUGCUCGAAGGCGGAUGGACUAACGACAAGCAGUACGGCAGGAUUCCGACAGAAAUCAAUUUGCUCCUGGGCUUGGAUCAUCCAAACAUCAUAAAGGCAAAUGUUGGACGAGUUUUACGUUUAUUCUUUGUCUGGCGAAGCUUAUUCACCGAACCAGCUGCACGUUUCCUGAUGGGUACCUGCGUCGAGCUGGACCAUCAUCUGCCGCGAAUGGCGCAGCUCCAUACUCAAGACUCGCAUCAGGUCAUCAACUUCUUCCAAAAUGAUAAAUACUUUCAAGUCAUAAUGGAAAAGCAUGGGUCUGGAAUGGAUUUAUUCGAGUUCAUCGACCGAGAGCCAGACAUGGAUGAAGCUCUUGCUAGUUACAUCUUUCGACAAAUAGUGGACGCUGUGGCGUAUCUGCAUGAGUUAAAUAUACUGCAUCGCGACAUCAAGGAUGAAAAUAUACUCAUAAAUCACAAAUUUCACUGCAAGCUGAUCGAUUUUGGUGCUGCCACUUUCUUUGAUCCAGAUAAGCUAUCCACGAGAUUCUGUGGCACCCUUGAGUACUGCAGUCCUGAGAUACUAUCCGGUCAUAAGUAUCGUGGCGAAGAGCAGGAAAUGUGGUCGCUUGGUAUUCUGUUGUUCACGUUGGUGUUUUUCGACUGUCCUUUUCGAAGUGCUGAACAAGUGCUAAAGGGUGAUUUCUGGUUUCCGCGCGAUGUUUCUGAAGGUGCGUUAAUGCUCAUUUCUGUCAUGUUUAUGCUUUGAUU